AUGGCCCAAACAAAAGUUCUAUCCUUUGUCCUGCUUGCUGUCCUCAUCCUAUCCAUAGAUGUUAUGGAAGUUGUUGGUCAAGGAAAAUGUUGCCAAAACCAUCCAAGCCUUGGUGGAUGUAUACCAGGAAAAGACGAUGAUCCUGAGAGUAAUGGCAAAUGCUGGGCGUUUUGUAUAACUGAUUGUGUGAAAGGGGGUUUUUGCAAACAAGUUAGUGCAGGUCACCACGUGUGUCAUUGUUAUUGUUGA